AUGAAGAUAAGAAAGAAACCAAACACAUGCACGAUUCCCAUCUUUGAUUUUCCUCCAAAGCUUUCCAUGCCUCUCCUCCUGGCUGUUCUCCUCUUCCUCUCAGGCCUUGAUGUGUCUACCGUAGCUGCCGCCGGGGGACCUGCCACCGGUUUUAGACCGGCAGAUGAUAUUCUCAUUGAUUGUGGAAGCAAAUCGUCAUCCAAAACCCCUGAUGGAAGAGUCUUUAAGAGUGACCAAGAGACGGUUCAAUACAUUGAAGCCAAGGAUGAUAUUCAAGUCUCAGCCCCACCUUCAGAUAAGGUCGCUUCUCCUAUCUACCUAACUGCAAGGAUCUUCCGUGAGGAAGCUACCUACAAGUUCCAUUUGACCCGACCUGGUUGGCAUUGGGUGCGCCUCCAUUUCUUGGCCUUCCCUAAUGACAAGUUUGAUCUCCAACAAGCAACUUUUACCGUUAUGACAGAGAAAUACGUGUUGCUUCAUAACUUCAAGAUUAGUAACAACAACAAUGAUAGUCAAGCUGUUCUCCAGAAGGAGUAUCUCGUCAAUAUAACGGAUGCACAGUUCUCCCUCAGGUUCAGACCCAUGAAAGGCUCUGCAGCGUUCAUCAACGCUAUGGAAGUUGUCUCAGCUCCAGAUGAAUUGAUCUCUGAUUCCGGCACAGCCCUUUUCCCGGUUAACGGUUUCUCCGGUCUCUCUGACUAUGCUUACCAGUCUGUUUACAGAGUCAAUGUUGGUGGUCCUUUGAUUGUUCCUCAGAAUGACACGUUAGGAAGAACCUGGAUACCAGAUAAGGAGUUUUUGAAAGAAGCGAACAUGGCUAAGGACGUUAAGACAACCACUUCAGCAAUCAAGUAUCCUCCUGGAGUCACACCUUUGAUUGCUCCACAGACGGUUUACGCAACAGCUGCGGAGAUGGCUGAUUCUCACACCAUAGCUCCUAAUUUCAACGUUAGCUGGAACUUUCCCUCGAACCCUUCGUUUAACUACCUCAUCCGGCUUCAUUUCUGUGACAUUGUCAGCAAGUCUCUCAAUGAUCUUUACUUCAAUGUGUACAUUAACGGGAAAACCGCCAUUUCUGGUUUGGAUCUAUCCACUGUCGCCGGCGAUCUUGCAACUCCUUACUACAAGGACAUUGUUGUGAACGCAACACUUAUGACUCCUGAGCUCCAAGUUCAGAUUAGUCCCAUGGGAGAAGAUACAGGUACUCAAAACGCUAUCUUGAAUGGAGUCGAGGUCUUGAAGAUGAGCAACUCUGUGAACAGCCUUGAUGGAGAGUUUGGAGUUGAUGGUAGAACCACUGGCAUGGGGAAACAUGGUAUGGUUGCAACGGCUGGGUUUGUGAUGAUGUUUGGAGCUUUCAUUGGCCUUGGAGCUAUGGUUUACAGGUGGAAGAAGAGGCCACAAGAUUGGCAGAAGAGAAACAGUUUCUCCUCUUGGUUGCUACCGAUACACGCUGGUGACAGUACUUUCAUGACAAGCAAAGGUGGUUCCCAAAAAUCCAACUUCUACAACUCAACCAUGGGCCUUGGCCGUAACUUCUCUCUCUCAGAGCUUCAAGAAGCCACAAAGAACUUCGAAGCAUCUCAGAUCAUCGGUGUUGGAGGAUUUGGUAAUGUCUACAUUGCAACACUCGACGAUGGAACCAAGGUUGCUGUCAAGAGAGGUAAUCCACAGUCUGAACAAGGAAUCACCGAGUUUGAGACAGAGAUCCAGAUGCUUUCUAAGCUCAGACACAGACACUUGGUCUCCUUGAUUGGUUACUGUGAUGAGAACUCGGAAAUGAUCCUAGUCUAUGAGUUCAUGUCCAAUGGUCCUUUCAGGGAUCAUUUGUACGGAAAGAACCUUGCUCCACUAACAUGGAAACAGCGGCUUGAGAUCUGUAUCGGUUCUGCUCGUGGGCUUCACUAUUUGCACACAGGAACAGCACAAGGGAUCAUCCACCGUGACGUCAAAUCAACCAACAUUCUUCUCGAUGAUGCUUUAGUUGCCAAGGUCGCUGACUUUGGUCUUUCUAAAGAUGUAGCCUUUGGACAAAACCAUGUCAGCACGGCCGUGAAAGGAAGUUUCGGGUACCUAGACCCUGAAUACUUUAGAAGACAACAACUUACUGAUAAAUCAGAUGUUUAUUCCUUUGGUGUCGUUCUUCUAGAAGCUCUAUGCGCAAGACCAGCCAUCAAUCCUCAGCUACCAAGAGAACAGGUUAACUUAGCUGAAUGGGCAAUGCAGUGGAAACGUAAAGGACUUCUCGAAAAGAUCAUUGAUCCUCAUUUGGCUGGAACGAUAAACCCUGAAUCGAUGAAGAAGUUCGCGGAAGCUGCAGAAAAGUGUUUGGAAGAUUAUGGUGUUGAUAGACCAACGAUGGGAGAUGUUCUGUGGAACUUGGAAUACGCUCUUCAGCUUCAAGAGGCAUUCACUCAGGGGAAAGCAGAAGAGACUGAGAACGAUAAGCCAGUGACACCUGUUCUGCCAACUCCAGUCACCCCCUCAGCGACCACCAACGCGGAGGUUUCUGUUCCAGUUGCUUCUAAAGUGGAAGAAACUGAUGGUGCAGGCGAGGCUCAGACCGUGGACGAACACUCUGGAACAGCUAUGUUUACUCAGUUUGCUAAUCUUAACGGAAGAUAAACCUAACUGACAAAUAAUUCAUUCUAAAAGAAUGCACAAAACGGAUUUGUUUGCAUUCACAGUAAUUGACCAGAAAAAAUGACUUUCAAAGGCUAUAUGGUUGUUUGUUUUAUGUUUUUGUGGUGGUCCGGGAG